AGAAACGAUGCUGUCAACGCUGAGUAAAUCUGCACGGCUCAACCAAACACGAUUCAUUCGUCUUUCGCAUUCUGCUGCUGCUGCAAAAGAUGCAAAACCGAAGAAGGUCGCUGCAGUGGACAGUCCAUCAUUUGUCAUGAAUCUUUUCAGAGGGAAAGCUGUGACUGACCAGGUGUUUCCGUAUCCUCUGAAUAUGACUGACGAACAGAAAGAAACUCUUGGAAUGGUGAUGUCUCCACUGGAAAAGAUGCUUGUCGAAGUUAAUGACGUCGUAAAAAAUGACGAGACUUCUGACAUUCCAAGAGCAGUUUUGGACCAAUUCGCUGAGCUAGGAACAUUUGGUGUACUCGUUCCACCAGAGCUUGAAGGUUCCGGAUUCAACAAUUCUCAGAUGGCCAGAGUCGCUGAAAUUGUUGGAGCUUACGAUCUUGGAUUUGGUGUUGUCAUGGGUGCUCAUCAGUCGAUUGGCUACAAAGGAAUCCUUCUCGAGGGUACGGAUGCUCAGAAACAAAAAUAUCUUCCCGAUUUGGCAACUGGACGCAAAUUUGCUGCUUUCGCUCUUACCGAGCCAACUACCGGAUCUGAUGCUAGUUCAGUUAGAACGAGAGCUGAAUUGUCUGCUGAUGGUAAGCACUACGUUUUGAAUGGUGGAAAAAUCUGGAUUUCGAACGGAGGAUUCGCCGAUGUUUUCACUGUGUUUGCUCAGACUCCUGUCAAGCAGGCCGAUGGCUCAACAAAGGACAAGAUGUCUGCAUUCAUUGUCGAAAGAGCGUUUGGUGGAGUCACCAGUGGACCACAAGAGAAGAAAAUGGGAAUCAAGGGAUCGAACACAACUGAAGUUCACUUUGAUAAUUUAAAAAUCCCGGUUGAAAAUCUUCUUGGAAAAGAAGGAGAAGGCUUCAAGGUGGCGAUGAACAUUCUUAAUAACGGAAGAUUCGGAAUUCCAGCUGCCUGUACUGGAGCUAUGAAACAUUGUAUCCAGAAGACUGUCGAUCACAUCACCACUCGUGUUCAGUUUGGAAAGAAACUUCAAGAAUUUGGAAAUAUCCAAGAAAAGCUGGUAGAAAUGAUCUCGAAACUGUAUGCAACAGAGUCAAUUGUCUAUAUGCUUUCAUCAAACAUGGAUCGUGGAAUUAAGGAGUAUCAACUUGAAGCAGCUAUCGGCAAGGUUCUAGCUUCAGAAAAUGCUUGGCUUGUAUGCGACGAUGCUAUUCAAGUUCACGGAGGAAUGGGAUUCAUGCGCGAGACUGGUCUUGAAAGAGUUCUCCGAGAUCUUCGUAUCUUCAGAAUCUUUGAAGGAGCCAAUGAUGUUCUCCGCCUCUUCAUUGCUCUUACUGGAGCACAACAUGCUGGAAAGCAUCUUGCCGAGCAAGCUUCUGGAGUCGGGGGCCUUAUUGGGUUGGCUGUUUCAAGAGUUACCGGAGGAAACACUGGCUCCAACUUUGGGCAAGUCGUCGACGCAAGUCUUCAAGAUUCAGCUAAAGUAUUGGAUCAGCAAAUUGCUUUGUUUGGACAAACAGUUCAAGGAUUACUCAUGAAGCAUAAAAAGGGAAUAAUUGAUCGUCAAUAUGAGAUGCACCGUGUUGCCGACGCUGCCAUCAACAUUUACAGCUCUGCCGCUGUUCUUUCUCGUGCCACCUAUGCCAUCAAGAACAAAUCUUCAAGUGCUGAUUUUGAACGCAAAGUUGCUACUUACUACGUUGAUAAGGCGAUGAAAUCAUCAAACAGAUUCCUGAAGGAUGCCGGAAGUGGUGUUGAGAAUGCUUCGAAGGUAGCAACAAUUGAAUCAUUGGCGAAGGAAGUCUGUGGAAAUGGAGGACUCACUCUUCAACAUCCAGUUGAAUUGUAAAUUGUAAACUAGACUUGUUUUUUUUUAUCGUAAGAAGCUCUUUUAGCCAGUCUGUAUGUAUCUAGAAUUGAAUUGCCUUCUUUUUUGAAUUUUCGGGUGCGAAUAUUUUAUUUCUUGUGCUAUAAAAAACGGAAAAUAAAUUUUAUCAAUUGAAA